AUGAUUUUGUAUAUUUUACAGCCUAUACAUCUGUACAAUAGACAUUUUACAAGUCUUUCGUCAAGCAAAUUAACCAAAGGUACCAAUAUUCACACCUAUCCAUUACAACAUCAUACGAGAUCAAUUCCCGAAGAGGUUGAUUGGCGGGAAAGAGGGUUCAACACUCCCGGAUGGAAUCAGCUAGACUGCGGUGCCUGUUACGCUUUCAGUAUAGCUUCAAUGCUCGAAGGACAGCUGUUCAAAGCCACAGGAAAGUUGCACACGUUGAGCUCACAACAAAUUAUUGACUGUUCAAUCGCAUAUGGAAACCUCGGUUGCUCCGGGGGCUCUUUAAAAAACACACUGCAGUAUCUCCAGAGAGUUGGAGGAAUUAUGCAAGGAAUUGAGUAUUCGUACAAAGCGAAGAAAACAUUGUGUCAUUUUAAAAAGUUUAGAGCGGUAACUCAAAUUGAAAACAUUUCAAUACUGCCACAAUCCGAUGAACACGCACUAAAAGCAGCUGUGGCUCUUAUAGGACCCAUCAGCGUAUCAGUGAAUGCAAGUCCAAAAACAUUUCAACUGUAUUCAUCUGGAGUAUACGAUGAUCCAGCCUGUUCGUCCAACACCGUUAACCACGCUAUGUUGCUGGUCGGGUACACGAAGGACGCUUGGAUUUUGAAAAACUGGUGGAGCUCGAAAUGGGGUGACGACGGUUACAUGUACUUAGCCCGUGGAAAGAACCAGUGCGCCGUGUCCACCUACGCGGCUUACGCUACAAUAUUACUGCCACAUCACCAAUCACUACCAUCGACGCAUCAUUACGGUUGA